ACAAGCGACAAUAUGGCACACUCCACACAAGCGAGUGUAGAAUCACAGUUUCGACUGUUGCAGACAUCGUUGCGAGCAACUGAGGUGGAUCUGACACCACGCAACUACAAGGAGUUUGGCCCAUGCAGAUUGGGAACUGCGCCCGCCGGCAGCCACAUAGUUGUACAGAUUGUGCGCGGAGAGCAGGAGGAUGUGAUAUGGCAUCAUGGCAUCUACCUUGGGGACUACAUGGCAGCGCACAUGCACCCAGAUGGCAACAUCAGCAUAGUCACCAUUGAGAAGUUUAUGGGUAUGGAGCGUGGGGCACCACGCGGCGACUAUGUGGGAAAAGCAGGCAUUGUGGAGUACGCUGGUGACAAUGACACCCUGCGCAACAAGACCUGCAUCUUUGCACGCUGGGCUGCAGCUGACAAGGACGGGCAGCAAAUAGUGUACAAUGCCCUGAGCAGCAACUGCGAAUGGUUUGCAACCUUGGCACGCACGGGCAGGGGAUCCUCUGAGCAGGUGGACAGAGUGGUGCGUGUUGUUGCAAGACUACUCUCCAAUGUGGCAGUUGCAAUGGUUGAGUAUGGCAAGAGUCUGAAGUGAUAACAUCCUCAGCACAUGGAUGCUCCAGCCCCAGCGGGCAGCGUUCCAAAAAGAACACGCAAAAAGAAGCCCAAGCAGUAGGAUUGUUGGACCAUAUGCUGUGAUUUGUAGCCUUAUAGUCAUUGUCGACGGUCACACCAAACAAAGUACUGUUUUUUCUCUGUGUGACACGUGACAUGUCAAAGGGUACUCAGACGGCGACGCUGUCAUGAGUUUGCAAACCGG